CCUACAUUUCUCGUGUGCCAAACGAUACUGUUAGCGUUAAUUUGGUGAAAAUGAGCCCUUCCCCCAUACCGUAACUCAACUAGCUAACAAAAGUUUUGCUACUAGAAGAUAUUUAGAAGAUUUUGAACCCAUGUUUCUUUUCUAGAAAAUAAUUUCUGCUAACGCUUAACAAUUGUUUUCCGAAUGAUGUAGCCGCAUAACUAUGUCCGUAAUCAGUCUCAACAAGUCGAUAAGGAUAACGGUGGUGGGCGACGGGGACACUGGCAAGACUUGCCUGCUGAUUGUGUUCAAAGACAAGAAAUUCGACGACAGAUACAUUCCCACUGUCUUUGAUGUAUACUCGAUGACCAUUCCGAUAAAUUACGAAGAGCACACGAUAAUCCUGUCCGACACUGCCGGCCAAGAAGAGUUCGACAAGUUGAGGAAGCUGGCCUACAGAGAUGCUGACGUGUUUAUACUCUGCUACUCUAUAGCUGAGAGGAGUUCCUUUGAGAACAUAUCCUUGACGUGGGCUCCCGAAGUGAAAAGGUGCAAGCCGAAUGCAAAGAUUAUACUGGUUGCGACAAAAAUUGACCUUCUGUCUGCAAGAAAAGUGACCCCCGAAGAAGGUGAGGCUUUAGCCAGGGAGAUCGGCGCCAGCGGUUUCAUAGAGACGUCUGCCAAGAACUGUUGGAACGUAGAAGCCGCAUUUCAAAUGGCUAUAUGGUCCGUGGUAUCUGCUCGGCGGGGCAGGAAAAAAUUUAAAAGUCAGUGUUUUUUGUUAUAAACCGAUUUGUUUCUUGUGUACGUGUUUUUCAAAUAAAUUUUUUAAACAAAUUUUCAGUAGUAUUCGGUUAUAAUAUAAAUUUUCACAACCAACAAACAAACAGUUAAUUCCCUAGCUUGACAACGUAGCACAGUUAAAGGGGUUUUGUGCAAUGUUUCUAAUGUAAUGUGAAUUUUUACUUAUUUUUCGUCUUGAAUCUUAAAUCUAAAACAAAAAAGAAAAGAAUAACACUAUAUGAUUUAAUUUUAACCCCACGACAAUCUCUUCUUAUUUUAAGCAAACACUUCGUAUAUUGAUAUA